AUGCAGAGACCGGGAGGACACGGGACUGCGUUUUCUAUCGACUCUCUGAUCGGGACGCCCCAACCCAGGCCAGGACACCUGCUGUACACGGGCUACCCCAUGUUCAUGCCGUACAGACCGCUGGUUAUCCCGCAGGCUCUGUCCCACUCGCCCCUCUCAUCAGGGAUCCCUCCGCUCGCACCGCUCGCCUCUUUCGCGGGACGUUUGACCAACACGUUCUGUGCCAGUCUGGGCCAGGCGGGAGUGCCGUCCAUGGUGGCACUGACCACCACCAUGCCCAGCUUCUCGGAUCCACCGGACAGUUUCUACCCGCCGCAGGAGCUGCCUGGGCCGCGGCUGAGCGCAGCAGAGCCCGGGUCUCGGAGAGUAGGGGACAGUCCGCACCGGGACACGGAGGCGCACCGCGAGAAGAGCGCGGAGCUGCUCGGUUUCUCUGACUCUUACCAGAGCAUUUCAGGAGAAACCAAACUCUACAGCUCAGACGAGGAGAAGCUGGAGCUCAAGUGCGCGGACAGAGACGUGUGCAGUGAACGGGAGGACAGCUCUGCGGACAGUGAGAAUGAGAGCUUCUCUGACGGGACCAGCGGACCCCUGUCCCACAAGAGCAAAGCCAAGAGCGGCUCUGCGGAGGCGCUGCCGGGAGCAGGCUCCGCGGGGAAGAGCCGCCGGAGGAGGACGGCCUUCACUAGUGAACAGCUGCUGGAGCUGGAGAAGGAGUUCCACUGUAAAAAGUACCUGUCCCUCACUGAACGCUCGCAGAUCGCACACGCACUCAAACUGAGCGAGGUGCAGGUGAAGAUCUGGUUUCAGAACCGCAGGGCCAAGUGGAAACGCAUCAAGGCCGGGAACGUGAACAACCGCUCUGGAGAACCCGUGCGCAACCCCAAGAUCGUGGUGCCCAUCCCGGUGCACGUCAACAGGUUUGCGGUGAGGAGUCAGCACCAGCAGAUAGAGCAGGGCACCAGGCCCUGA